CUGACAAGGCCAAGGGUGACGGGUGGGGAGAUUAAUUCCAGAGCAGCUGUGCUGUUCCCCAAGUGUCUGGGCCAUCGGUUCAAACACCAGAGAACCUGAGCCUCAGCUGCCACUGGCCCCUGAGCCUUUUCCAAGCAUCUGACUUCAUCCACCUCCAGAGCCAGAUCUUUCUCUGGUGGGUCCUCGGUGAAGACCACGGCCAUGCUGGUGGCAGUGACCGGCACGACCAGCGUGACCACCGUGUGAUUUUCCUCAGGCCUGGGCUCCCCAACCAUUAUGCGCUGCUGCCUCCGACGGCUGCAGCUGCUCUGCACCUGCGUGGCCUUCUUGCUGGGGGCCAGCGUGGGCACUUGGAGCGGGGCCCUAGGUAGCUGGCCCAUGUUCAUCUGGUGCUUCUGCUUUGUCCUGACCUUCAUCAUCCUCAUCAUCGAGUUAUGUGAGCUUGAGGAUCGAUUCUCCUUUUCCUGGGACAACUUUCUCACCACCUACAACUGCUACUCUGCCCUCCUCUGCCUCUCAGCCUCCAUCACCUACCCCAUCACCUACAUCCAGUUCUUGCCUGACAGCCGCUCCCGGGACCAUGCCAUCACCUCCACUGCGUUCUCCUGUAUUGCUUUUGCCGCUUAUGCCAUGGAAGUGGCCUGGAACAGGGCCCAGCCCAACGCAAUCACCAGCUACAUGGCCACCGUGCCAGGGCUGCUCAAGGGACUGGAGACCACCGUGGCCUGUGUCAUCUUCGCUUUCAUCAGCAGCCCCCACCUGUAUGAGCAUCAGCCAGCCCUGGGCUGGUGCGUGGUCGCAUAUGCCAUCUGCUUCCUCCUGGCAGCCGUGGUCCUCAUGCUGAACCUGGGCAAAUGUGAGAACAGGCUGCCCAUCCCCUUCCACAUUUUCCAGCUGGGGCUGACCCUGCUCUCUGUCCUCCUCUAUGCCAGCGCGCUGGUCCUCUGGUCUCUCUACCAGUUUGAUGAGAAGGUGGGUGGCCAGCCCCCACGCUCCAGCAAUGUGAGCUGCAGCCACGAACCCAUCUACUCCAUGUGCGCCUGGGACCAGCGACUGGCUGUGACCAUCCUGACUGCCAUCAACCUGCUGAUUUAUGUGACUGACCUAGUGUUCUUGGCCCUGAAUUUUGUAAAGGACUGAGGUUUGGCCCAGAGACUCCCGAUUGCUCCUCUCAUCUGAAGUUUCUUUACCGAGUUCUGACGUCCUCCAAGGGCCUCUUCCUGGACCCCUCCCUCCCUUCCGGUGGCAUAUGGACCCCCUUGUCUCCCUCUCUUUCCU